CGAGUUGGUUUUUAUUUGUUAGAUUGCGCGUAGUCGCUGGCCCAGCAGUGUUUUUUUAUCACCCUCGUCUCUGUUUCUUCCCCUUCUUCGACGAAACCCUAAUCCUCCCAUCUCGCCCUCUUUCUUUCAACAACCUACUUAAAUCCCAAAUCACAUUGAAUCUGAUAAUCUAUUCUCUCAGAUCCAAUAUCCGAUUCCGUUCCUCGUCUUUCUCUCACAACCAAAAAUGUCUGCUGCUCUGGAUAUGACGCUCGACGAUAUUAUCAAGAACAACAAGAAGUCAGCCUCCGCCAACACCAGGGGCCGAGGCCGAGCUUCGGGACCCGGACCUGCUCGCCGUCUCCCCAACCGGGCCGCAAAUCGCGCCGCGCCUUACGCCACCGCUAAGGCGCCGGAGUCUGCGUGGCAGCACGAUAUGUACGCCGAUCAGCCAGCCGCCGUGGCUUUCGCAGGUCAAGGUGGUCGGGCGUCUUCCAUCGAAACAGGGACGAAGCUUUACAUAUCUAAUCUGGAUUAUGGCGUUUCCAAUGACGAUAUUAAGGAGUUAUUUCUUGAAGUUGGUGACCUGAAACGGCAUACUGUUCAUUACGAUAGGAGUGGAAGAUCCAAGGGUACGGCAGAAGUAGUCUUCUCUCGACGUGCUGAUGCUGUAGCUGCGGUGAAGAGGUACCACAAUGUUCAGCUAGACGGGAAACCAAUGAAGGUAGAGAUUGUGGGGACAAAUAUCGCCACACAUGCUGCAGCGCCCACUGUUAAUGGGACUUUUGGAAAUCCUGGUGGACCUCCCAGAAGUGGACAAGGGAGAAAUGGGCCACUAGGAAGGCUGCGUGGUGCACCUAGAGGGCGAGGUGGCAGUCGGAGGGGUAGAGGACGUGGUAGAGGUCGUGAUGAAAAGGUAUCUGCUGAAGAUCUCGAUGCUGAGUUGGAGAAGUAUCAUGCUGAGGCUAUGCAAUUGAACUGAAGGAAUCACUGAUAUUCUGUUUUAUUGAUAUUACAUUUGCGGUUGUCAAGGGCAUGUCAGUGAAACACCGCCCAAUUAUGUAUCUUUAUCGAAGUCAUGCUUUUACGGAAAGGAAAAGGAUAACUUAGAGUGAAAACUUUUACAGUUGAUAUAUGUAGUUUGGGAUUCUGUUAUCAAAUAUUUAUUUUCCUUGGGUAUGACUAUGAAAUGUGGCUGAAGAAACAGAACUCAGCUUGUAUUAUUCA